AUGAGUGACGAGAAGAAAUUCCCAUGGUACAGGGAGCGACUAAAGGCAAAAUAUGCAAACGACAUGAAUCCAACUUUGAAUCACAGAAACUGGACUUUCGUCAAAACCGGGCUCGACGACUUUAGAGAUGGAAUGCCGCCAGAUUUUGUUAAAUACACGAUAGGACCAUCGAAGAGUACAGGACCGAGCGUUCGAAAUAAACCUCCCAUCGGGCAAAUAAAGGAAGUUCCAGCUUCUAAAAAGAAGAGCACCAAGUUGGAUAAGAAUGAGCGAUUUUAUUCAAAGCGAAUUCCAGCUGCUGAGAGACGAAGACGACGAGUUGAAGCGCUUGAGAAAAAUCUAAAGGAACAUCCUCUCGCUCUCUUCCCAGAUCUUGAAAACGGACUCACACCAGAAUUAUACGAAGAAAUCGUCGACAUUCUUGAUCCAGAACUGCUCGACUACCCAGAAGAUAACCUUACAGAGACUCUUUCCGAAACAGACGAACGUAGAUCAGUUGAAUCUGAGUCCUCCGCUCAAACGGACUCUGAUUUCAGCGUCAAAGCUAAAAAGUCUAAACCGAAGGGCAAACUUAUGUUUCAGGAGAUCGAAGUGAAUCUCGACGAGUCAACAGAUUCCACGGCCACGCAUGGAGACCCAACUCUCCCUCUUGACAAACUCUUCCGUAAAAAAGGCAACCCUGCCGAUCACAUAAAGACUCUUGAGCUCGAGAGGCACGAGAAGAAAGUUAAAGAGAUUGCUGAAGACUUCAUCAGCUGGGCGGACGUUCUCGGUCCAGAAGGGCCAACGCUCGGUUCCGACACCAUUCAGGCGCUUUUUACAUCUGGUUACACGCAGUCAAAGCCCCUUGCUUCAGCAGUUAAAAUUGUCGAGCUCAACUCGAUUCCACCCGAGUUGAGAGCCGAAACUGGGAUGGCACCGACUGCUGACAUCUCUCAUCUGCCGGAUAAUGUACCGCAUGUUUCCAGGGAUGGAUUCUGA